AUGAAAUAUCAUUUUUAUACUACUUAUUUAAAUACUCUUUUACAAGUAGUAUAUAUUCUUUUAUUUGACAAAUUCCAUGUUAUCUUCAGUGAAGAAUCAAAAUCACAGAUAUUAGAAAUACAGAGGAAUAAUAAUAAUGAAAGUAUAUCAUCAGAAUUCUAUGUUGAAGAGUAUCCUGAUGACAGUUUACCACAUUCCCCAUUGAACUUUCCAGAAUACACCCCUAAAGAAAAAAGUAUUCGUCAACCUCGACAAUCUGUAAAGCUGAAUACUUUAAAUAACAAUAUUAAUAAUAAUAAGAUAACUAACUGUCAGCUACAAUUGGAAUGUUCUACUGAUAUGAGAAAUACGGAUGUCAAACAAAUGUCUAUUAUGAAUUUUUCAACUAGUCAUAUUACUGGCCGGAUACGUAUCCCUGUGAGAAGUGGUAGAGGGCCAGCUGGUCCACCUGGUCCACAAGGUCCACCAGGACCACAGGGUGCAAGAGGAUUUCGUGGUCCACCGGGAGAACCAGGCAGUUUACAAGAUAUCAAUUUGACCAAAUUACAACUGAGCAAGCUUAGUUCACAAUUACAAUCCGUCGAGAAUAGGAUUGCAUUUUUUGCUGGUCUUGAAUUCAAUGUAGUUGAAAAACCCUUAGAUGAAAAUCCCAAAGUGAUAAUGAAUAAAGUUAUUACUAAUUUGGGUAGUGCAUAUAAUCCUGUGACUGGUGAAUUCAUUGCACCUGUCAAUGGUAUAUACAUUCUAUUCCUGGCUAUAUCAGCUCAAGGAAAAUCAAGGGCUGUUGUACGUUUAAUGCAUAAUGAUAAACAAAUAUUUGAUGUUUGGUCUGAAAGUUCACCCUGGGCAACAGCAACAAAUCAAGGCAUCCUACAAAUGUAUAAAGGGGAUCGUGCAUGGUUAGCUAUUCGUGAUGGAGCUUAUUUUUUACAUGGUUAUAUGUAUUCUACAUUUUCUGGAUAUUUAUUAUUUGAAACGAAUAAUAAUAGUAAUAAUAAUAAUAAUGAUACAAAAGAUAUGCCAUAAAAAUGGCUUCACUUUCAUUCCUAUGAUUAACAGUAAUAAUAAUAAUAAUAGUGAUAUACAGAUAAUUCAUGCAAAGAAUACGGAAUUUUCCACUCUUAUUAUUCUAUUUUAACAGUAUUCAACCUUUUGAAUAUAAACAUAUUUACAUAUGCACCAGUUUACCUCUAAAUUUCUAUUAUAAUUAUUAUUAUUACUAUUAAUAUUGUGUGAUAUUGCCUGUUAACUGUGUAUAGUGUGGCGUGUUAUAUCUAAGAAAAUCCCUUGAAAACCACACCAAGAUCUACUUAACUUUGAGAAAAGAGUAAACCUGUCCACGAGAUAAGAAACAAAGAAAGCUAUUCACACCUUUCUUACGUGUCACAUUUCCUCUUUGCUUUCAGUCGUAUUCAGUGUAUGCAUUGACC